AUGCCUUUCUUCCUCCUUCCUGAUAUUCUGCAAUACUGGCCUUGGAAAAGAACUAUCAACCCUCAUUACGAAGAAUGUCGUCGAGAAUCUAUGGCCUGGAGUCGCCGGUUCAACGCGUUGACACCGAAAGCUCAAGCGGCUUUCGAGCUCUUUGACCCUCCCCUGCUCGCGUCCCUAGGAUUCCCCAAGCUAUCCAAAGAUGGGUGUCGUGUGGUCUGUGACCUUAUGUUCUUUGUGGGUUACUUUGAUGACAAGACGGACGUCAUGAACUCCGUGGAAGUUCAAGAGUGGAUGAAUAUUGUGAUGGAAAUAUUGAGGGGCCAUCGCUCUGCACCCGUCGAUGCACCCGUCAUAGGUCCGUUAACACAGUCCUUCUGGGACAAUGCGAAGCGAGUUCUCACUGAAUCAUGUCAGAAGCAUUUCGUUGCAGAGUUCGAAACGUAUCUCCUCUCUGUGGUUCGGCAGGCUGAAGUUCGCGGGUCUGAAGAUCAACUUGUCCCAGGGCGUUACAUGUCCUUCCGACGUGGCGACAUAUGUGCGAUGCCCAUGUUCGUACUUCUUCUCAUGGAGAUGGACAUUCCCCCAACGUUCCUGCAAACCGAGCCUUUGGUCGAGCUCAGUAUCUGUGCUGUCGACAUGAUCAUCCUCGCAAAUGAUUUGUACUCGUACAACGUGGAACAAGCCCGAGGCGAAGUUCAUAACAUUGUGUCUAUCGUGAUGAUACAUCACGGUUUCUCACUGGAGGAAGCAAUCAGCCAUAUAACUUCAAUGCACGACAGCAUAGCUUCAAGAUUUAUCGUACUCUCCAAGAGGUUACCAUCGUUCGGGUCUCCCGAAGCUGAUCAUAUAGCCUUGCGUUAUGUCGACGGUCUUGGGAAUUGGAUUCGCGCCAACGAGUGUUGGAGCUUUGAGUCGUGGAGGUACUUCCGUGAUGCGGGACCACAGAUCCAAAAGGACCGCCUCGUAGAGCUGCUGCCGAUCUCAAUCGCUUGUGAUCUCUCCGACGAACGUUAA